GAGAUUGCCACCAAUCUCAAACUGGCCUCGUGCGCACGGCAGGGUGGUGGCUACGUGUUGCCAUGGGUUAUGGGGACCGGUUGGGGGGGGACGGGGUCAGAGGACGAGGAUGAGGAUGGAGAUGUGGAGCCCGAGGUGUGGGGAGCGCGACCUGCUGGUAGUGUUCCAGAGGUGGAGAUCGAGCGGCAGAUUGUUGCUUUCCAGCAUAGCCGACCGUCCAGAGCCCAUUCGGUUUGGGACGUGUUCGGCAUCAGGGCGACGGAGCUGCGACCGUGGCCAGAGGGUGGGGAUGAUGUGGACGCUGCUGUGGCAGACGACGAUAUCGACGACGAGUGGACAGACGACGAUGACACGCCGCUGAGUAGCGACCCGACGACUGAGCGGGUGUACUUCACUUACGGUGGGGGUCGUGGCGGCAUGGAUUCAUUCACAUCAGUUAUCACUAGUGGUGCGCCGUCGACCGCACAGGCGAGUGUGAGCAGCAAAGCCGGUGGUGGUGGUGGAGGACGUUCGCAUGCGGAGGUUGGCGUCGACGACUCGGGGGAGCAGCAGCCACGGGGAGGUCUUCGGCAGACAUGCAGGCGAUGGGAGGUUAGGAGCGACAGCGAGGCCGAGGAUGAGGAGGUGCCCCUUCGCGAUCGUCGCUUCUCUCCCUCCCAUCAUCCGAUCUCUGCACAGCCCGAGGCACUUAGGCGUUCAGAGAGGUUGGCGUCGGCAGCAGGCAGAGACCGGACACAUAACGAUGAGGAUCGUGGGGGGGAGAGGACUCCUUCCAACGCUGGUAUCAGCCCUUGCUCGCCGUCGGUGCUCCGCACAGACGACUUUGGCAUCAAAGGGCUUGGUGGGAGUUUGGGAGAUUUGAGUGUCGAGGGACGUCGACGUGCCUCACCGUCGGAGGUGCGCACCGACACGGACGUUGUGUGGGGCCGUGUUGAGACUGAGGAGGAGAGGGAUGCCCGUUUGGACCGAGAGGAGGAGGAGCAGCUCGGGAGUUGCCACGAUGGAAGGGUCGGUUCGCGUAUCUUGACGAGCAGCGUCGACAGAGGGAGAUGGAGACAGGAGGGGGGGGAGGCCGUGACGUCGAUCUCUCGGGUGUCCCUGAGGAGGCAAUUCAGAAGGAGUUCGAUGAUGAGGGACAUGAUGCUGCCACGGGUGGUGAGUCAGGUGGUGGACGACGAGGUGACGAGGAGACCGCAGGUGAUGAGGGGCAGGAUGUUGUCAUGGGCGGUGGAUCCCCUAGUGGGGGGCGUGGCGACAACGAGACCGCGGGUGAUGAGGGACAGGGUGCCGCCGUGUGUGGCAGAGGAGAGGGUGGACCCGGUGGAGAUGGGGAUACCGCGGGUGUCGGUGGAGACGAUGGACCGGAUGGAGAUGAUGACAACGACCAUGGUCCUGAGGACGAUAUGUAUAGACUCGCCUUGGUGUUGAGGGACCCCACAGUACCUCCCUUGCGCCCUCUUUUUUUUUUU